AUGCGGGACGCGCUUGUCGCUCAUCCGCUCUCGAAAUCUCAUCCGCGCACCUCGCGCAUCCGCGCUCAUCUCUCAUCCAUACUGGCCCACAAUCCGCGCUCGUCUCUCAUCCGCCGUCGUAUUAGGCUCCAACGUCACAGCGCCCACACGCCGCUCCCCCCACCGGGUCAGCGCCCCCCCCGCUCACCAGGCAGCGCCGCGCGCUCUGCUGGCCGCGCGGACAACACGGGCGAGCAUGUUGCACGCGGAGUUGGUGAGCGUGCAAUUCCCCCUUUGCCCAUGCCUAUCCGCCUUGCCCAUGCCUAUCCGCCUUGCCCAUGCCUAUCCGCCUUGCCCAUGCCUAUCCGCCUUGCCCAUGCCUAUCCGCCUUGCCCAUGCCUAUCCGCCUUGCCCAUGCCUAUCCGCCUUGCCCAUGCCUAUCCGCCUUGCCCAUGCCUAUCCGCCUUGCCCAUGCCUAUCCGCCUUGCCCAUGUCUAUCCGCCUUGCCCAUGCCUAUCCGCCUUGCCCAUGCCUAUCCGCCUUGCCCAUGCCUUUCCCCCUUGCCCAUGCCUAUCCGCCUUGCCCUUGCCUUUCCCCCUUGCCCAUGCCUUUCCCCCCUUGCCCAUGCCUUUCCCCAUUGCCCGUGCCUUUCCCCCUUUGCCCAUGCCUAUCCGCCUUGCCCAUACCUUUCCGCCUUGCCCAUGCCUUUCCCCAUUGCCCGACCCUUUCCCCGUUGCCCAUGCCUUCUCCCCUUGCCCAUGCCUUUCCCCCCUUGCCUAUGCCUUUCCCCAUUGCCCAUCCCUUUCCCCCUUUGCCCAUGCCUAUCCGCCUUGCCCAUACCUUUUUGCCUUGCCCAUGGCUUUCCCCCUUGCCCAUGCCUUUCCCCAUUGCCCGUCCCUUUCCCCCUUGCCCAUGCCUUUCCCCCUUGCCCAUGCCUUUCCGCCUUGCCCAUGCCUUUCCCCCUUGCCCAUGCCUUUCCCCAUUGCCCGUCCCUUUCCCCCUUGCCCAUGCCUUUCCCCCUUGCCCAUGCCUUUCCCCCUUGCCCAUGCCUUUCCCCCUUGCCCAGACCUUUCCCCAUUGCCCGUCCCUUUCCCCCUUGCCCAUGCCUUUCCCCCUUGCCCAUGCCUUCCCCCCUUGCCCAUGCCUUUCCCCCUUGCCCGUGCCUUUCCCCCUUGCCCAUGCCUUUCCCCCUUGUCCAUGCCUUUCCCCCUUGCCCAUGCCUUUCCCCCUUGCCCAUGCCUUUCCCUCUUGCCCAUGCCGUUCCCCCUUGCCCAUGCCUUUCCCCCUUGCCCAUGCCAUUCCCCAUGUGCUCAUACCUUUCCCCCAUUGCGCACCUCCUCCCCUCCCCUCCCUCUUCCAUGGGCAGCUACGUUGACGGAGAGCCAACGGACGGUGUGCAGCGUUUCUUCAAGUGGAUGCUGCUGCUGCAGAGGUAGAGGUAAGCAGCGGUGGAGAGGCUAG